AUGGACACCUCAAACCCCCAAUCGGCGGAUCCGACAGUCCCCUCCACUACAGCUCCCGCAUCGCAACUCUCUGCGAAGCCUCCUACACCGCCGCCUUCACAAUCGGGACCAGAUCCCAAGAUCUCAACCUCCGCCGACACUCCAGAUGCGACGACACCCCCCUUCUCGCCGUCGAGCACAACGCCCGUGCUAGAGAAGCAGGACCUGGACUUCACGGGCAAUGUGGAGGUCAACAACGAUCUGCCGACAGAGAAGGACCUUAAGCGGGUAGACGACCUGCUGGUGCUGGACGCGCAGGGACAGAGCAGGCCGUUCAGGGACCUGUACAAGGGCGAGGGUGUUGCGCCUAGACAGAUGAUCAUCUUCGUUCGGCAUUUCUUUUGCGGUAACUGCCAGGAAUACCUCCGCGAGCUCUCCGCAUCCAUAACCCCCGAAUCGCUCCUCGCACUCCCCGAGCCGACCUUCAUAACCGUUAUCGGCUGCGGCCGCCCAGACCUGAUCGAGAUGUACUCCCAAACAACCUCGUGCCCGUUCCCGGUCUACGCGGACCCCACGCGAAAACUGUACGACUACCUCGGCAUGACGCGCACGCUCGACCUGGGCAAGAAACCUAGCUACAUCCAAUCGAAUCUCUUCGUCACGUCCGUACAGUCCAUUCUCCAAGGCCUGAAGACCGGUGGCAACGCGCUAAAGGGCGGAGACAUCAAGCAGGUGGGCGGAGAGUUCUUGUUCGAAGACGGAAAGUGUGUAUGGGCGCAUCGUAUGCGGAAUACUAGAGACCAUGCAGAGAUUACAGAGGUGAGAGAGGUGCUGGGCCUCGAGGACAAGAAGCCGCCGAUGAGGAAGAGGUGGAGUCACGGAAUAAAGAUGAUGAAGGAGAAGGAGGGAAAGGGAAGGAGUGCGAGUUGGGGCAGAGGACGGAGUAAGAGUAAAGGCGCCAAAGACAAAGAGGGGAGCAAGACGCCGGAGAUGGUUGAGGAGGAGGCCAAGCCGAAUAGGCAAACGACAGUAUGA